GGCUGCGCUUCCAUGGCGGCACCUGGGCGGCGGUGGCUGGUGCCGCUGCUCGUGGCGACGCGGGGCUUCCCCGCGCGCCAAACCCUGCACGAGUGGGCCCCGGCGCGGGAUGUGCUGCUCUUCGAGCACGAGCGGGGCCGCUUCUUCGCGGUUCUGGGGCUCUUCUGCGCCGGCCAGGGCGUCUUCUGGCCUCCCUGGCCGGCGCGCCUUGGCCCGACCCCCGGUCCCCGCGCGGCCUCCGGAUGCGAGACCCCAGACCCCGGCCGUGUGGACGUGCGCUCCGCGCUCUGGCGCUACGGCCUGGCCGUGGGCUGCGGCGCCAUCGGUACCCUGGUCCUCGCCGCCGGACUUCUCUUCUCCCUGCGCUCUGUGCGCUCGGUGAUACUGCAGGCUGGAGGGAAGCGGGUGACCCUCACCACUCACGCCCCCUUUGGCUUGGGAGCGCAGUUCACUGUUCCCUUGAACCAAGUAUCCUGCAUGGCCCACCGGGGUGAAGUCCCUGCCAUGGUGCCUCUAAAGGUCAAAGGCCGACGCUUCUACUUCCUCUUGGACAAAGCUGGAUAUUUUCCUAACACAAAACUCUUUGACAACACUGUGGGUGCCUACCGUAGCUUGUGAGAAAGCCCCCAGGGACACGCACCCCUCCAAGAGGGGAAUAAAAACAACCUUUAGGUCCUGCCCA